UAAACUAAGCUGGUUGAGAAGAACAAUUUCGCCGGCAGAGCUCCAUGGCAGGUCUCCUCAUGCUAGAGAUGCUUCCACUGCCAUGGUUUCUGUUCCUCUUCCCGCUCUUUCUCUUGUUUGUGAAUUAUUGGUUCACUAUGACUGGUAAGACAGGAAGAAGGCAGCAGCACGAAAACCGCCACCAGCCUUCUCCACCGGGACUGCCCAUCAUUGGGCACCUGCACCUCCUCGGCUCCCUCCCGCACGUCUCCCUCCGCAGCCUCGCCAAGAAGCAUGGUCCUGACGUCAUGUUCCUCCGUCUUGGAGCCGUGCCGACACUUGUUGUGUCAUCCCCGCGUGCCACAAAGGAGGUUCUGCGCACGCACGACCAUGUCUUCGCCUCGCGGCCCCGCUCCAUGGUCUCGGAAAUCCUCAUGUAUGGCUCGUCCGACAUCGCCUUUGCACCAUAUGACGAGCACUGGCGCCAGGCGAGGAAGCUCGUCACCACUCACAUGUUGAGUUUAAAAAAGGUGCAAUCUUCCCGCAACGCCGCCAUGGAGGAGGUGAACAUGGUGAUGACCAAGAUUAACGAGGCCGCUGCAGGAGGUGUUGUAGUGGGCAUGAGUAGGCUUCUGAAGUCAUUCACGUAUGAUAUGGCAUGUCGGAUCGUGUUGGGAGAGUCCUUCCGGAAAGAAGGACAGAGCAAGCUACUUCGAGACCUCAUAGACGAUACCUCACGAAUAUUAGGAGGUUUCAACUUGGAGGAGUACUUCCCAACAUUGGCAAGAGUUGGAGUGCUUAAGAGUCUGGUUUAUGCAAAGGCUGAGAGAGUGAGGCGUAGAUGGGCCUAUUUGCUGGAUAAGUUGAUCGAUAAACGUGUGAGCAUGGACAAGUCAACAGUUGAUAACAAGGAUGGAGAUUUCAUAGAUAUUUUGUUGUCUGUUCAGCAUGAGUAUGGUCUCACAAGAGAGCGAAUGAAAGAUCUCCUAACAGAUGUAUUUUUCGCUUCAACAGACACGUUAUCUAACACUCUCGAAUUCACCUUGGCCGAGUUGAUGAGGAAGCCAUGCCUAUUGGGGAAGCUACAAGAUGAAGUGAGGAGUAUCGUACCCCGGGGACAAGAAAGUAUAACCGAAACCGACAUAAACAAGAUGACGUACUUAAGAGCAGUCAUGAAGGAGUCACUCCGGGUGUAUCCUGUUGCGCCUAUCCUUGCUCCACACCUUGCUAUGGCUGACAGCAACAUUGAUGGGUAUAUGGUUGCUGCUGGCACACAUGUCUUAGUCAAUGUAUGGGCCAUUGGCAGGGACUCCAGCUCUUGGGGGGAUGCAGAAGAGUUCAUACCUGAAAGAUUUAUAUAUGAAGAUAGUGAUGUGGAUGUCAAUUUCAAGGGGAAUGAUUUCCAGUUCUUGCCAUUUGGGUCAGGACGAAGGAUGUGCCCUGGCAUAAACCUCGCGAUUGCCAAUUUUGAGCUUAUGUUGGCAAACCUCAUGUACCAUUUUGAAUGGGAAUUGCCUCCAGGGGUUGAGACGAAAGACAUUAAUAUGACAGUGGUCUUUGGGCUAACCGUGCGGCGGAAGGAGAAGCUACUAUUAAUUCCAAAAUCAUACAAGUAGAUGCUAGAAUAAAAUAUAAGUUGAAUAUUUUGUGUUAUUGCUAUACUGUUGCAAAUAAAGAAAGGGGAAUUCCUACUUGUUGGAAAUC